AUGGCAGCCUACCUGUUCGCUGCGUAUCAGCGCAAGCGAGGCCCCACUCUCGUUCUCUGCUUCGCCCUAGUUUUCGUCUCGUUCUUGCUCCUCUACAACUCGCCAAUCGCUCGCUUCUCUUCGGCAAAACCAGGCCCACGAAGCGUGCUCAGAAGCAGCAUUCUGAGGUCUGCCUGGAAACCAGCUUUGACUGAAAAGAGUGCAAACUCUCUGUGGGGGGGAUGGAACGAGAAGAAACUAGAGAGGGAAGCCGUUCCCGAGAAUGAGCAAGGGGAUCCGCUAGAAGCACUUGUGGACGAAGAUAGGGACGUGGAAGCGGGGCGGCAACUAGCAUGGGGGAACGGCGAAAGUGAUGGGUAUGGGGCUAGGGCGGACAAGGAUGAGAGAGCAUCGCAGCGCGGGUUUCAAGUGAUAUGGGGCCUUGGCAAGAGUCGGUUGGUAGCUACUGGAAAGAAUGGGGAAGAAGGAGCACAAUCUGGAGACGAGGAGUCGGGGCAAGGCCAGGGGUUUUUGGAAGAACGAGAAGAGUCUGGAGAUAACCCAGGGUUAGGGAUGCGGGUUAACGAGCACAAAGACGAGUCUACAAAGAGAUGGUCGCAAAGCUUGUCAGCUCAGGACAUCGAAGGUAAAAGUGCUGAGGCAGUGAGAAGGGAUAAUGAGGAACUCGUUGACGCGGCUGGAGAACUAGAGCGGGGCGAAAUUCAGGAUGCGAGUACGAUGAGGCCGACGUGGCAGGUAGACAGCGAAGACACGAUAGAUUUGGGACUUGGCAUUGGGAAGGGGGAAUCUGUGGACGGAAGCGGAGUUACGGUACUUCAGAAAGAAACGGAGGUUGAGGAGAACGAAAGUAUCGAGGGAAGGACCAGAACCGAGGAAGAAGGAAAGGAGGGAAGCGGAACGAACGGAAAGGGAGAAGAGAAAAAUGAGAUGGAGGAAGCGAGUGAGGCGGAUGGUGCAGAUCCAGAAGCGAAGAAGGAAGAAAGCAAUUCACAGCUGACGGAAGUAAAGGCUACCGAGGGCGAAAGCGAAGUAGUCAGCAGAGAGGGAAAAACAGAGGGUUUGGCAGCCGUAUCUUUCCUAGCAGAAGAGAGUGACUCUGAGGCGACUGUGCGUAAGGAAGGCGAAGCAGAAUCUGGUAUGGAGGAAGUAAAAGGGGAAGAACGUGCGAACCCGGAGGAGGGGGCAACAGAAUCCAAGUUGGAAAGCGGGGCAAAAACUGAAGGGGCUGUUUUAUUGGAGACGGAAAUUGAGGGCAGCGCAAUUGAAGAUGAAGCUUUGCAACUAGGGGGUGCUUCCGAGUCAGCAGAAGAGGGGGGUCCAGAAACUGCAGAGGAGACGCAAACACCUUCGCCCCAGCAGAUUGGUUUUCCACCUCUAGUUACCGAGCCCCUCCCCAGAUUUUUGCUGGUGCUUCCCUCGAAGCUGGACGAGUGUCACCGGGCAGUCAUUACGCUGAUCCUCCAGUCUACUUCUACGGACUCUGCGGCAGAUGCCGGAAGCGGAAACGGAAACGGAAACCGGAACGGCGGCGCCGGAAGGGACCUGCAAACACCCCCGACAGUAACGCUGAUCGGCGCCGACCCCGACCAAAAUCAUUACGAAGUCUACCCGUUCAAAAAGUGGCACACUCUACUCUGUCCCAUUAUGAAUUGGUCCGACUGCGGAAGCGAGACGGCGCCUCCCCCCCGAAAGUGGGAGCGCCAGCUGGGGGUCACUUUUCAGGGACAAAGCGACCCCCCCAGAUGGGAGGCGGAGUUCUUUCCGGACGUGUCAGCGCUCUCGUACGAAAUAUCGGUCUCCGGCGUCGAAGUUGUUUCCGUUCGCUUAGAUAACGGAACGGUGGCAACGGAAAUGGGCCCGGAACACACUUCAAACGAUGGGGCAAGUUUGACUGUAGCGGAAGAGCAGGGAGAGGCGGAAAGGGGAAAGGCUCUGCAAACCGAUUCCGGUUCUGUUCAGAGGUUUCGGUUGCCUACGCCGUCCGUGCAGAUCUGGGAGGCGGAAGGAACCUGCCGGCAGCCUUGGAACCGGUCGCGAACCGGUUGCCAGCCGCUGCUCAACAAAGUGGAGAUCCCCCGGGCGCAGGACUUCAAGUUGAUCAGGUUAGACGGGGAGUCGGAGGUUCGUACCGGGGAAGACUGGAGCAUCGGGGCUGGUGACACGGUAUCAUUCCUCGUGCGCCCCAUUCCAGACGUUGGAAGCAUUCCGCUGCCGCGUAUCAGGGACGGAUUCCGAUCCGCUUCCUUCAAUGCAAUUCUGGAGAGCGACAGAGUGAUUCUGCACGCAAAUAUCUCGCAGGAGUUCGACGAAGGGCUGGGCGGCUACGUGGGAACUCUGAUCGUUCCUGACCCCGGAGACUAUGUUCUAAAGGUCGCCCUGCACUGGGUCCAUGGAACGGCGGACCUUUACCAGGAGCCGUUUCCCGAGUCCGUUUCCAGCCACAUGCAACACAUGUACAGCCAGUGUGAAGACGCCCGCAGCCUGGUGCACGGGUCGCCAAUGACCGUCCGAUCUCGGUGUGAAAACCCCGAGACGACAUCCUCAUACGAUGUGACGUCAUGCCAGCAGCUGGACCUGGCACUCUCCCCCAAGAUCGCAACGGAAGCGACCUUGCAGGCCGGAACGGAACCGGCGGAAAGUUUGAGACAAGAACAAUCGGCGUCAGUUUGGCAGCCCCGGUGUGUUGAGGGCGACAAGCCAGGCCGUUGGCUAAAUCUGCCAGUCGCCGAGAAUUGCCGCCCGCCGUUCUGCUCGGGGAACCGCUCGGCUACGAACGUGGUUAAGGAGUGGAACGGGAAUGACAUACCCUGGGUUUACGCGCCGUUCGGGUGUCAGUACCACAUGUUUUCGCUGGGGGAUAUAACCACCUGUGCUGGAGAAACGGGCGUCAAAUGGGUCCAUGUAGUAGGCGACUCUACAGUGCGCGAAAUCCCGUCGACGCUUUUCUCGAUGGACCCCGAAAUGGAGCCCAUGCAAGGGCGGCGCUUCGAGUACGCUGACAAGCGCAUCGGCGCGUCGCUCGUCGCGAACCAAAACCUCAAAACCCUGUCGCUUGUGCGGCGCCGCGGCCGCGCGCUGCUGGGGUCGCGCGACAAGCCGGCGCGCGCGUCCGAAGCGCGCGCGCUGGGUUAUGAACGGUUAGCGAAAAGGGGAGCCCCCGAUCAAAAGAACGCGUCCGCUCGAAAGAAGGCUCCGGAGACGGACGGAAUGAGGCCGGAAAGGAACGGGAGCGGGCGGAACGAGGUGGGCGGAAGGCCAGGGACCGGCUCGGAGCCCCGAGGGCUUUCGCCUCUCCGGGUCACCUUCCAGUUCUUUGACCAGAUGUACCCGAUGGAGACCGGUGCGCACCGGGACUUUGAGGGUAUGGACCGACCGCUGCUGGACCAGUUCAACGUCACGUGCCCCGCGGACGCGGCCGCGUGCCCUGACGUCAUCAUCUUGAGCCCUGCGAUGGCAUACUCGUUGUGGAAGCAGAACGGGAGCGAUUUUGAGACCUGGGUGACGGACUUUGCGGCGUACAUCGCGGCCGCGCUCGCGGCCCCGCGCGGUUCGCGGCGCGCGCCCCUGCGCGCGAUCUGGUACCGGUCGCCGUUCAUGUUCUCCCAAGCCCACGAACGCAGCUCGCCUUAUAUAAGCCUCCCCCGGUUAUUGCGCUUCGACGAGGCUGCCACGCGCGUGUUGAGGAAGAUAGGCGUUGGGGUUUUCGAUGCGAUGACGCCGACCAGAACUAGACCGGGCACGUGCUACGACGGAUUGCAUUACCUUAUGGCGACGGCUGAUGGGCACAUGGGCCAUACGAGCAACAUGCUUAUGCAGAUGCUGCUUAACACGAUCUUCGACAAGUGCACGCAAGUAGACCCGGCGUAG